AUGCCGCCCAUCCUAUACCUUCUAUACACCGCCCUCAUCUUAUUUAAACUACUCUCAGCAUCAUGUCUCGCAGACUCAUCCACAAAUUCCCAAGCGCUCGUCCAACGCUCACCAGACACACCACCUCCCCACCAGGACGACCUACCACCCACAUCACCACAGGACCUAGAACUCCUCGACAUAGUCCUCGUCGCAUCCAUCGACGGGAAAUUUCACGCCCUCAAUAGGACGUCAGGCCAAACACUAUGGUCCAUGUCCUCAUUCGCCCCAACGACCACGAGCGUCUCUGCCCCUCCGACGCUGGGGCCCCUCAUCCGGACGACCCACGUCGAUCUGGAUCCCGAGGACGGGGCGGCGUAUCAGGAGAUGUACAUCAUCGAGCCACAGUCGGGUGACAUAUACAUCAUGGCGACACCUUCGAGCCCAUUACAGCGUUUCCCCUUUUCCAUGCCAGAGUUGGUCGACAUGUCGCCGUUUACGUAUCUGGGGGACGAGGAAAGGCGGGUUUUCGUGGGGAGGAAGGAGACGUCGUUGCUUUUGAUUGAGCUUGAAACGGGAAAGGUGAAAGCGACGCUCAACUCGGAGUGUCCCUGGGAUCCGUUUGAGGAUCUGAAGAAUGAUGAGAUGGAUUUGGAUUUGGAUGAGUUGGAGGAGGGCAUUUUGAAGCCUUCUGCCCCGACGGAGGUGUUCAUUGGUCGGACUGACUACCACAUCUCAAUAUACAGUCGACCGACGAACCGUACGCCUGGGACACCUCUUCCCCCAGUCCAGAACCUCUCAUUCUCUACAUAUGGUCCCAACAACCAAGAUAAUCACCUACAAGCAUCCUAUCGUACAACUCAAGACGAAGGGUACAUCCAAAGCCUACCCAACGGCGAGAUCAUCUACUUCAAAGCCAAAUCCACAACAAGCACAGGCGGGCGAGCUGUUUGGGGACGCAACUUUAACACACCCAUCGUAGCGAUAUUCGACGUCCUCCAAAAACCCUCUCACCCACACAAACCCCACCCCUUCGUCCUCCUCCAGCCUCGUCCCAGACUCCAAGACGUCAUUCCCAACCUCAGCCAUACGGCCCGCUUACCCAACCUCGACUCUGCCUACGUCGGCAUGGUCGAAGAGACGGGAAGCUUAUUCGCUAUGAGCCCGGACCAUUACCCGCUCGUCGUUUUUGGGGGGCCGGAGAGGUAUACCCAGGGAAGACUUUUGGAUGCUCCAGGACAUGGUGAUGAUGAUGAUGAUGAGGACGGGAGAGUGCCUACGGCUGUUGAUGAGAUAACGAGGUUGAGGAAACAGAGGCAGAGGAUGGAUGAGAGGAAGAGGGAGGCGUGUAGUGAUUCGAGUGCGGGGUUGAGGGAUAGACGAUGUUUGGUUGGUGUGAGGAGGCUUGAGGAUGGGGAUGGGCAUGAGAGUCGGAUGAGGAGGUUGUUGGAUGGGCCUGUGAGAAGUGAUGUUGGCCCUGAGGUGCUUUCGAAUGGGAGUACUCCUGUUGACGAGGAGGAGGGGGAGGUGUUGGAGGAGGAGCCUGGGUUGGGUAGGGUCACUGGCCUUAAAGAAGCGAGGAGGUUUUGGGAGGCGGUGGUUGUAUCUGUGGUUGUGGGGAUUUUGUCAGUGUGGUUUGUGGUUGGACGGGUCAAGAGGAAGGUGGAGAAGAGAUUGAGGGUUUUGGUUGAGGAGGAGGAUAGGAGGAGAGCUGAGGAAGAUGUUAUGACGCCAACACCUCCAACGGCAGAGAUUCCUGCAACCCCUUUGACGGCUGGUCCAGUUGAUAUCAAAGAACUGGUUCAAUCGCCCAUUAUGAAUGGAUUCAAGGACUCACCAAAGUCUAAGGAUGCAGCACAAUUAUUGCCCCCCAUAGCAGACGACGGAGAAGAGAGUGGUGGAGAUGGUGAAGGGGACAAUGACCCUGUUGCAACUCCUGGUAAGCGGAAAGGAAGGAGGGGGAAGAGGGGAAAGAAGAAGAAAGCUGGUGCUAUACCAGGAGGUGGUGGUGCUGCUGAGGAGGUCGAAGAAGAGAAGAAAUUGAACGGAGCUGCGCAUGUCAAUGGGUCUGCCGUUGUGAAGGAGGUGGAGACGCCUCCACCACCGCAGACGUCGCUCGUAAUCACUUCUUCUCCCAAGCCUCCUCCAACUGGUCCGUCGUUAAUCGUUUCCGAUACGAUUCUGGGCUUUGGCUCACACGGCACUGUAGUAUUCCAAGGCUCCCUCCAAGGCCGCGCAGUAGCCGUCAAACGGCUCCUGCAAGACUUUGUCACCCUCGCCUCAAGAGAAGUAAGCAUCCUGCAAGAAAGCGACGACCACCCCAACGUCAUCCGGUACUACUACCAAGAAGCCCACGCCAACUUCCUCUACAUCGCCCUGGAGCUCUGCCCCGCCUCGCUGGCAGACAUAAUCGAGUCCCCAGACCGAGACCAGUUCCGCGACAUUGCUAUUUCGUUUGACCCCAAAAAGGCGUUGAAGCAGAUAGCGGGUGGGCUGAAACACUUGCAUGCGCUGAAACUCGUGCAUAGGGAUAUCAAGCCCCAGAAUAUACUCGUGUCGACGAGUAAAGCGGGCGGAAAAACGGGGAACAAUAAUUAUCGCAUGCUCAUAUCGGAUUUUGGGCUGUGUAAAAAGCUGGAUGUUGACCAGACGUCUUUUUAUCCCACUGCGAAUGGGGCAAUGGGUGCUGGUACGGUGGGCUGGCGAGCGCCAGAAAUAUUGAGGGGGGACGUGAAGCUCGACGAAGUCACUGACGAACACUCGCUGUCUUCUCGCGGGAGUACGUCGACUAUCAACGGGUCUGUGUCAUCUGGAGGAGCACCUACGACGGGGAAAAGGACGAGGUUGACCAAGUCCGUGGAUAUUUUUGCAUUGGGGUGUCUUUUUUAUUAUACCCUGACGAAUGGGGGACAUCCGUAUGGGGAUCGAUUUGAGAGGGAGGUUAAUAUCAUGAAGAAUGCGAAGAAUUUGGAUGGGCUUGCGACGUUUGGAGAGGAGGGGACGGAGGCGAGUGAUUUGAUUACGCAGAUGCUUGAUCCAGAGGCGUCAGAACGACCAGAUACCACGACAUGUUUACUUCAUCCUUUCUUCUGGGACUCUAGUCGUCGAUUGAACUUCCUCCAAGAUGCUUCUGAUAGAUUCGAGAUCAUGUGUCGGGAUCCUAAAGAUCCGAAUCUGCUGAAUCUCGAAAAAGACGCGAUUAACAUCGUUGGACCAGAUUGGCAUGCACGUCUGGACCGUGCAUUCACAGAAAACUUGGGCAAGUUUAGAAAGUACGAUGGGAAGUCUGUGCAGGACUUGCUACGUGCUCUACGGAACAAGAAACACCACUACCAAGAUCUUCCAGAAAACGUAAAACGCAGUCUUGGGCCCAUGCCUGAUGGAUUCCUGGCAUACUUCACCCGCAGAUAUCCCCGUCUGUUCCUGCAUGUGCACGCCGUCAUCAAGAACACGGGACUCUGCAGUGAACCGAUGUUCAGGGCCUACUUUGAGCUGCCGGAAUCAUGA